AUGCCAGCGCUAGAAAAGCUCAAUACAACUAGUCUACAGAAAGAACUACGACAAAAAAGCCUCGACUCAAAAGAAGCGAAGACAUUUUUGACAAACCGACUAAGUGAUGCUCUAAUAAAAGCUACGGAAACAAGGAGAAACUGCUCCAAAACUAGCACAAGACAGAAACUGGUCAUGCUAGCGCAGCCAACAGAUGCCCCGGAAUUCAAGGACAGAACGAAAAUGAGUAUCGAAGGAUUGCCUCAUCAAUACGAGACUACAAACCACCAUAAAAAUGGAACUGUAGAAAAAGGGUAUUGUAAGAUAUAUUGUAAGAGGCCCCAGAAAAGUAAUGUCUAUCAAGGGGACAAUACGGAAAAAACCGACUUGUGGAUAGAUCAAGCCCCAUGUUUAGAACGUAUGCAGCUAAUACGUCAGAAAUCUAAUGACAGCCAACUUUGCGGGGCGGGUUUAAGUUGGCUGGAAAAACAAACGCCCCAAGCAGUAUUAUUCAUGUCUCAAGGCUGCAUCGUGACCGAGAUGACCUUUGGGUAG